AUGUGUGAGGAGAGUUUUCUGAGCCUUGUGAGAGAGGAAUUGGUCUGCUUGUCUCAGAUUGAAAGUAAUGUGAAGCCAUCGUCUUAUGAUUGCUUGGUCAUUCAAACAUAUGUAGACUGCUUAUUGGAGAGCGAAUAUAAAACAUGCAAAGAGGCCGUCAAGGUAAUUCCCAACAUCUUGGCUGGUACGAAUUUUCUUCUAAGUGAAAUGCAUCCAGGACAUUCCACCUCAACUGUAAAGCUUACAGAAUGGCCACUGGAACAAUGCGACAAACAUGGACACUGCAAGUGUCGUCUAGAUGGAUUUUACUAUGACGUCGAAUUAAAAAAGUGCAUCGAUGUAGAUGAAUGCUCUUCAUUUGAACCGGGUUGUUCACAGAAAUGUGUGAACCAUCCAGGGACCUACGAAUGUACUUGUGAUCCUACAUUCUUUCAUCUGAGCACCGAUAAGAAGACCUGCACUCGUAACGAUAAAGAUCCUAUGUGGUUAUUUUUCGCUCAUGGACAAUCGAUUUGGAAUAUUUCACUUAGUGGUGGAUCAUUUGAGCUGCAAAAGGCCGGCUUACAGAAAACCGCCGUCCUCGAUGUGGAUGUGCUUGAACGGCGUAUUUACUAUGCAGAUGUUGGAUCGAACUCAAUUGAAAGACUAAACCUUGUUGGAACAGGGACAUAUCCAGAAACUCUACAAAAGUACGAUGUCGACGGCAUUGAGGGAAUAGCUGUCGAUUGGAUUGGCCGAAAUCUCUAUAGCGUAAGAAGGACGGACGUUCUCGUUCAAACAUUGGAUGGUCGCUAUCGAAGAACGCUCUACCAGGGAGUGAUGCGACUUCCGAGAGCGAUCGCUGCUCAUCCACAAAAGGGCGCGUUCGUUCCCCAUCAUAGACACCUGCGGUCCAGAGUUUUGCAAAUAUCUCAGCAACGUUGUGGUUGUAUCUCAGCAUCAUUAAUUUUCUACAUGAUUGUCGGCAUCCUUGCUUUUCUCAGCACUGCGUUAAUCGAAGUCGAUGGUUCACAAGUGGCCAUUGUCGCGAUAUGCUUGUUCGUUGUAGCAUCUUUGAGCAGACAAUGCGUCCUGUGUCAGUCGGUACCUCAUUUGCUGGCAGGUAGCAUGGCAAACAAUAUCUUAAAAUCUCAGCUUGUCAACAACAUUAUCGUUAUUUUGGAGCAUUUGAAGAACAUUAGGUGA